AUGAGUAUACAAGUUAAACAAUCAAUUAAAGAUAUAAUACCGACACAACCAGAUCCAUUACCCGCGAAACUUAUCGCACACACGGAUUCAUUGUACAAAUUAAGUUUAUCAAAAUUACCUAAAAUCCCUAAUAAGGCAGAAAUUGCCAGAUAUCAUAUAUGUGCUUAUUUAUCUAUUGAAAAAUUGAGAGUUAAUCUAGAAUUGCCAGAGCCAGUACAGGACAAAAUCCCGAUCCAACCUAAGCUUUUAGAACGAGUUUUGGAUGAUUUUAGAGUGAAGGUGAUGGGUGGUAGUCCUUCAAGUACACCAAAGAGUUCGCCAACCAAGAACCCCAUGCUUUCUCCUACAAAAGCAUCACAUAACCCCAAGAUCAGUUCUCCAUUGAAAAGAUUACAAGAACUUCGAGAUGAGCCUCAAACUCCUUCUAAAAAGUUGAAAAUGGGUUCAUCACCAUCUGGUUCAAAGACAACUCCAUUUGAUAUGGAAUCUCCAUUCAAUCCAAAAUCAAUUGUUGAUCUUGCACCUCCAGAUUCUCCUAGUAGUAGUGUUCCAGCGUCUCCAAGUCGUAGUAAAAGAGUGGUACAAAUCCCUGAUCUUAUUGCAUUUGCCAAUCAUUUCUAUAUUCCUGCUACCGUGACCCCACAAUUACUUGCAUCUUUUGGAAGAAUCCAACAAAAAUUUGCUAAAAAGAAUGAAUGGUUACUUGCCUGUGGGAUGAUUCAUGCUACAUAUAUCCGCAUCAACCAUCGAUUACUUGAGAAAAGAAUUGGUGCAAGAUCAGAAUUCCAAGAUCAAUUAUUUCAAUAUCAAAAGGGUGGACUUAUGAAAUGGAAUAUGUUGAUUUGGUGCAACAUUGUAGACGAUUUGGUCUAUAAGGAGAACUGGGUGAGAGAACUAGAAAGACAAUACAGUAGCAACACUCGGAAAAACCUUCAAACGUCGGAAACUUGGGAGAAGGAACAGAAUGCUAAAUUGGGACCAGAAAGAGUUUUGGAAAGAUUUGGAGCAAUGAUUGAUUCUUCAAUGAUGUUUGAGAAGAAAUCUCAACAAGAUUACUACGAUACAUGGAAGUCCAGAGUAUUAGAAAAGAUUUCAAUUGAAUAA